CCGUCCCCCGUUCUUCUGUACGACGAGAAAAUCACACGAGCCAGCCAAUGAACAGAGGCACGCAAGCGAGCGAAUCGACCACAUGGAAGUAUUGGUUGCCGAGGAUAAAGAAGAGGAGGCGCUGGAAAAGUUGGGAGCCUCCCAAGCAGAACAGGAGUUUGACGACAAAGUUGCCUACUGUGACUUCUGGGAGAGUUUUCAAGAGUGGGAGGAGUCGCAGAUGUGCGGAGAGUGGGACUUGCCCCUGUCCGCUCCGUUCGGUAUCCACAACACGGACCUGGAAGAUUCGGACAUUGAAUACUUUACAUAUCCGCGUGGAUGUGCCGGGGAUCAUUCGGACAUAGAUGUCGACAUAGAUGUCGCCGACGGUGGGUCUGCGUCACAGCAGACGGUAGGUAAACGUGCAGCACAGAGGGGGAUGUAGCGUGGGAGAGGAGGACCAGCCGUUGUCGGGCCAUUUGGUGUGUGUGGUGUUCGAAGCGUUCCGCGUUCCAAGAGAGCCCCGUUGGCAAGCAAGUGUGUGUGUGUCGGCAAAUAAAUGCGAAAUAUUUCAUCUUUUUCGUCUCUCAACGUUCAACAGGAAAAUGCGUGCCCACCAAGCGCGGUGGGUUGUCCACAAAUGACCCCGGUUUUUCAAACUUCAAGAACACGAUGAAACAUGCACAGUUAGUUGUGGCAAGAAGAUGAACCCAG